AUGGACGAAGACACUCCCGAUCUCGGCCCCGUCGCUGUCGCUGCCCCGUUCGCUCCAGCUGGUGUUCCUUUCGCUGUGUCGAGUGGCAUACAAAAACUUCCCGUCGAGGUAGUGGAGCAUAUAUUGCUCGAUUGCUCGAUAGGGACCUAUAUUCCAAGCACAUGGGUGCAGCGCGAUUUUUUUCCCGCUGGGAUGGCCCCUCAGUGGAUAGCCAUCACAUACGUCUGCCAUCUCUGGCGCCAGAUCUCCCUUCUCUGCCCGCGCAUGUGGACGUUCAUCACCACGGAUCUCAGCCUCGGCUGGAUCAGCGCCCACCUCUGCCGCUCCCGCACGAGACCGCUGGUGGUCGAGCUCGACAUCUCGACGCAGAUCAGCGCGGACGAAUUUCGCAGACUGCUCGCACCGCACUUUGGGCGAGUCGAGAAGUUUUACCUGGGGAGCGCUUUGCCGGAAGACAUUAACACCGAUUUGCUGCUGCCGUUCUGCGACGCGAUCAUUCAACCCGCUCCACUGCUGGAGAGUGCCGUCCUAGACGUCUACGCUGCGAAUGCAUUCAUGGAGAACUUGUUUGCUGGACAUGCCCCUCGCCUACGUCGCCUAUGGCUCACCACCGGGGGCGCAAUAGAUGCUACUUCGCCCAUCUUACAUAAUCUUCGCUCCCUCAAGUUGGGAGAGACCUUGUCUUCCGACGAGACCCUGACGGCACUACAGAAUACGCCUUUCCUCGAGAGACUGAGAAUCGACGGCUUCAGAAGUGAUCCCUUCUCUGCCUUCAUCGAGCCCGUCACCGGACUUGUCUCCCUUCCGCAUCUCUCUCAUAUGUCAACCACACUCUCGUAUGACGCUCUUGACUUUUUAGAACAAAUUCUGCUUCCCCCAACGGCUCAUGUUCAAGUCAUGAUUUACGACGAAGUGUCAACCGCCAGGGAAGAUCAGUGGUCAUGCCUACUUGACUUGAUCCUCCCUCAUCUUUCUCUGCUCAGUCAAGGCGUGAGCUCUGCAUAUAUAUGCCUCAUUCUUAGCAACGGACCUUGGAAGCUGUCUUGGCACCCCGCGUCUGAGACAUAUUUUUGUCCCCCCACCAAUUCCUCCGACGAACAUUAUUGGAAACAGCUGGCUUUGGAAGGCAAUACGUCGGGAUGGGAUCAACAAUGUGGGCACGACACGCCGGAACCUUUGCCUUCAGACUAUGUUGAAUCGGGUCGAGAGUGCCUGUUUGAUCUAUGCCGUUCGCCAUUUGCUGUGGGAGUCGCAGGGUACGAGCAUCUUUCAGGUUGCAUGCCCGCAGCUAUGCACGAUAUAUUGUGUAUUUGCGAACAUAUAUUUGCCGUGACAGACGUGACCGCGUUCACACUUUCCAGCUACAGGAGCGAGAAUUGGAAGUACCGGAAGCCCAAUGCCGAAAGCCUGGAAUAUGAAGAGCGUAUGCAAGAUCCUGAUGCAUGGAGACCCAUCCUUCGUCUCAUGCCGGAGGUCCGUAUUUUGAAAGCCAUCUUCCGUGACAGCUUGGGUAUCCUCGCAGCCAUUACUCCCGACCUAGACAAUCCAAACGAAAUUUGGCUUCCAAAUCUCACGACGCUCAUCCUCGACGGCCUGGAGCUAGAAUGCCCUCAUAUUUCACAGUCGCACGCCCCGGCUUUUGGGGUCCUGAAGACACUUUUGUCAAGACGGCGGGAGGUCGGACUGGGCCUGAAGAACCUUGUUGUGGUCUACAAAGAUUGCGGACAUGGGUGUGUUGACUGCUUGCAGGAUUAUGUGGAGAGCGUGUUUCUUUUCCCAAUGUCCGCCGCUUACGAGCCUACUGAGCCGGACCCUCCAUCGUGCUAUUGGUGA